AGCGAACCCUCCAGCAACCCCUCCCCCCCCGCCCCCAAAGGCCCGCAGCCAGGCCCAACAUGAGCACCCGUUAAGGCGGCUGCGCGCAGGGCAACUUUCCGUGGCGAGCAUGGAGCUGUCGGACAUGCAGUUCAACAUGACGCCCUGUCCGGGCUGCCCGGGCGACGACUUCUACGACGACCCGUGCUUCGACACGAGCGACAUGCGCUUCUUCGAGGACCUGGACCCCCACCUGGAUCCCCGCAUGGUGCACGCGGCGGGCCUGCUGCAGGCCUGCAAGCCGGACGACUCGUCUUCGUCGUCGUCCGGGUCUUCGCACGCACGCGACCCGGACGACGACGACGAGCACGUACGCGCGCCCAGUGGCCACCACCAGGCGGGCCGCUGCCUGCUGUGGGCGUGCAAGGCGUGCAAGCGCAAGACCACCAACGCCGACCGGCGCAAGGCCGCCACGCUGCGCGAGCGCCGCCGCCUGGGCAAAGUCAACGACGCCUUCGAGACGCUCAAGCGCUGCACGUCGGCCAACCCCAACCAGCGGCUGCCCAAGGUCGAGAUCCUGCGCAACGCCAUCGGAUACAUCGAAGCGCUGCAGGCGCUGCUACGCGCGGGCGGGGCCGCCGGCACCGCCGCCGCCGCCGCCGGCUCCCCGCCGACGGGCGACGCCUGCUACCCGCUGCAAGUCGAGCGUUACGCCGCCGACUCGGACUCCUCCAGCCCCCGCUCCAACUGCUCCGACGGCAUGGCGGACUUUAGCUGCCCUUCGUCCAAGCGAGCCACUUUUGACGCCAACAACUUUUUCACUGACAGCAGCAACGGUGUCAAGCGCGAGCGUGCGUCGGUGGUCUCCAGCCUGGAUUGUUUGUCCAGCAUCGUGGAAAGGAUCUCCACCGACGCCAACGUCGCCAGCGGCAGCAACGCGGACGCGCCCGGCGUCGCUCCCCCGGACGCGCCUGCCGGCGCGCCAUCGGCCCCCUCUGGCGACAGCGCCGACCACCAACGGGACGCCAACCUCAUCUACCAAGUCCUAUAGGAGGCCGGCGCGCCACAUCAUCAUCCAACAACAAAACGAGCAGUUUCCCCGCCACUCAAAGUUGACAUUUGCGCCCGGUGCUUACCAUGGCAAUCAAAACAACCCAAUUAGUCACUCAAUGAAAGGAUCUUUUAGGUAGCCCGUUGUUUUUAGCCCACUAUUUGAAAUGAAUGUCAUGUUAAAUGCUUAUCGUGCAAAAUGAUCACGCUUCAGUAUUUUUUCUCAAAUGUUUGUCGAGCGAGUUCUCAAUGAUUCUUGACUUCGUGAAUGCUUCGAACGACAAAACUAUUUUACACGUCGUGGAUUGUUACAAUAACGAUAACAACACUCAAGGCGUUUUUGUCGGACGUAUUCAUGGAUGUUUGCGCUCCCUAAAGGUAAUGUCACGCAAGUAACCGCUGCCGUGUUUCUUCUUCUUCUUUUUGCUUUGCAUUUGCGCAGUUUGUCGGCUUCCCGCUGACAAAUGUAUCUAUUGAUGGGGAUGAUUGCUCAUGCAGCCAACACGAAGGCAAGUGAUUGUUGUUGCUUACAUUCCUAGCUCCACCUCAAGCUUCCCUCGCGUCCUCCACUUCGAUUUCAACCACAGCAAAAUGGCAAAAACUGACCGAUGAUUUGACUGCUUGCUGGCUCCACUGCUGCAGAGGACCAUUUUUUUUUUUGUAUCCAUAAACUGAUCUUGUAAAUAAGAGCGUUUGUUAAAUGUAUUUAAUGCUUUUGUUUGUCGUGACACAAAAUGUUCAACUUUAUAUUUAUACAAACCGAGUGACACUCCAAUAUAAAAUAAAUCUUUUACUUUAUUUAUACUGAA